AUAUGAAUCGUUAUCGGAAAUUUAUCGUUACGAGAGGCGAAGGUCGAAUGGCCAUGUUUUUCCACGCUGUUCUUCCGCCUGAGAGAGAGAGAGAAAAAAAAUGAAAUGACUGGCUGAAAAGAGGAAGAUCGGAUCGUCCAGGUAACCAACAAACAAAACAAGCAAAUUCAUCACUUCGUGACCACCUUUCAUCCGCACACCGUCAAAAUUUCAAGUGACCCCGGAAACAGACUCCGAAGCGUGUUAAUGUCGUCGUUUCUCGUUAGAUUGGGCCUGGUCCAACAUCAGGGGAUCGACGACAUUAAAAUUCGUGGACAUGGAAUGGAGAUAUUGGCAUAAUUCCCUAUAAUUACACUCCGCAAUAGAAGAAAAAUACUCCAGAGAUAUGUCGUGUUAUCGCUCUUGCUGUUCUCCAUGCUGCUCUCCACCAUCCUGUCCUCCNCCAUCCUGUCCUCCAUCAUCCUGUCCUCCACCCUGUCCACCACCCUGUCCACCACCCACUAUCGUAUGCAGACCAGCCUGCCCCCCUCGUUGCCCCCCUCAACCAACUAAAACAACAGUUUACCUACGGCCUUGUACGCCUUGUCCACCCUGUUGCGCCAUUCCUUGCCCGCCAAAGGUCGUCGUUGCGUGUGCACCACCCCCACCCCCCUGUCCACCACCGCCUCCAAGCGUAACCUUCGUUUGUACCAAGAAGAUAGUCCCCUGUAUGCCGUGUCCACCGCCAACACCACCCCCCUGUUCUCCUUGUCGUACGAUUUGCAUGUCGCAUUCCUGUUAACACCAAGGAGCAAGGAGUUCAAAUGAUUUCUUUCAAAGGAUUCGGGGACCAGACUCGUGAAAUCUAACGAGAAUCAUCGACAGAAGCGUGAUAUUGAAUUUUUAUAUAGAAAAAAAAAAAGG